GGAGGUUUGCUUAUGUUAUUUGUUCAAAAGAGCAUCAUUCACUGUUCUCUUUAACUGUUUGGUCGUUUGUUGUCGAACGUUCUAGGCUUGCUUUUUCUGUCUAGAAUCUUCUUAAAUCAACCGUCAUCUCUUUUGAAUUAAUAAAUCAAAAAUGACUGCAGCACCUUUGGAAUCUCUUGUUCGCGUUGAAGAGAGGUUCAGCGAACACGACAAGCCGGUCGACAGGGAAAAGACUUGCCCUCUAUUGUUGAGAGUUUUCUGCUGCACUGGGAGGCAUAACAGUCCAGCAGAGUACAGGGCAGGCAACGUCCCGACAAACGAGCUACAAAUUUACACAUGGCUCGACGCUACAUUGAGAGAGAUAACAGGACUGGUUAAAGAAGUCAAUGAAGAUGCAAGGGCAAGGGGGACUAUGUUUGAUUUCUCCCUUGUAUUCCCUCAUCCACAGACAUCUGGAUACCGCUUCAGGCAUAUUGGGACGACAUAUUCAGGACAGACUUCGCCUGAUGAUAACCGAACGCUUGCCAGCAUGAGGUUUAACAUUGGCGAGUUUAUUGACGUAUGCAUCACCCCACCUUCUAGAAUUACCCCGAUGAUGAUGAGGCGUGGCGGAGGAGGAAUGCGUCAAUAUUAAAUAAGCUUAGAUGUGUUGUUAUCUAAUACAUUUUUGUAAAAAAAAUUAUUCUGUAAUAUUUUAUAUUUGAACAAUACAAAUUAAAUAUAGGAGUUUUA